CAGGCGGUCCGGGAUCCCGGGAAUCCACGUGUGAGCCGCUCUUUCCCCCGAAUUUGGUUUGUGCCGGGAGGGGAGGACCCCAUCAUCUGACCCCGACUGUGAAAUGAGCUAGCCCCGGGUUCAGUCGCCCGCUGGCACCGCUCCGGGGAAGUCCCGGUGGGCGAGACACCGCGGCGUCGCGUCCCGUUUCUCGGCAGCGGGGCGGGGUGGGGGAGAAGGUGCAAACAGUCCGGGGGCUCGGAGCUCGCGCCCUGUGCCCCACCCAGGCUGCGGCCGGGCGGAGAGGAAGCGCGUAAAGGUUGAGUGCAAAGUUUCCCUUUCUGCUUUCUCGUCAGAGCAGCCCCAACCGGCGGUGGGCUGCAAUGCCGGACUUCAGUUUGUAGGUGCCCCGGAGCCGAAGGGGUUAAAGCAAGCGACUCCCUCCCCCCCCCCCCCCACCCCGCCGCCUGCUUCACAAGCCCAGGCGGCCAGCCAUGGGCGGCCGCGAUCACCUGUUCAAAGUGCUGGUGGUGGGGGAUGCCGCGGUGGGCAAGACGUCGCUCGUGCAGCGAUACUCCCAGGACAGCUUCAGCAAACACUACAAGUCCACGGUGGGAGUGGAUUUUGCUCUGAAGGUUCUCCAGUGGUCUGACUCCGAGAUGGUGCGGCUCCAGCUGUGGGAUAUUGCAGGGCAGGAGCGCUUCACCUCCAUGACUCGACUGUACUAUCGGGACGCCUCAGCUUGUGUUAUUAUGUUUGAUGUUACCAACGCCACGACCUUCAGCAAUAGCCAGAGAUGGAAGCAGGACUUGGACAGCAAGCUCACCCUGCCUAAUGGAGAGCCUGUGCCCUGUCUGCUCUUGGCCAACAAAUGUGACCUGUCCCCUUGGGCAGUGAGCAGAGACCAGGUUGACCGGUUCAGUAAAGAGAAUGGUUUCACGGGUUGGACAGAAACAUCAGUCAAGGAGAACAAAAAUAUUAAUGAGGCCAUGAGAGUCCUUAUUGAAAAGAUGAUGAGCAAUUCCAGAGAAGAUAUGUCUUUAUCCACCCAAGGGGACUAUAUCAAUCUACAGACCAAGCCCUCCUCCAGCUGGGCCUGCUGCUAAUAGUGUCUGGCUUGUUUUCUCUCCUACGUUUAGGAGGUCUUUUCAUCUCUUCCCUUCGGACGCCCACCCAGCAAUCUUAUUAAUUUUAUUAAUCUUAUUAAGUACGUUUGGACUGUCUCCUGCCAGUUAUCCGGGAAGGAGGACCAUCGCCACUAAGGAAAGACCUGGGACUUGUGUGCCUUUCUGCAUCUCGCAAAUUCCUACUUGUUGCUGGCUCCCAUGGCUCAGUACCUUCUGUAUAAGAAAGAUCACCUUAUCCCUCAUUUUGUGAUCCCAGACUUUUGUGGGGAGCAUUAGAAAUCAGCACCUGUAUUUUAAGGAUCCUAAUUGCCACCUGUUUUUGCGUUUCUUUUUCCAUUUGACGGAUGUGGAUAUCUCAGUCUGAUCUGACUUCAGAUUUCGAGGAAAAUGAGAGCAAAGGGCAUUUCCCAAAUUCAUCAUAGGUUAUGGCUUUCAGAUUCUUUCUGUCUUGGACUUUGAAUUUAAACCUCUGAUUCUGAGAUGGGCAAGAAGUGGGGCUGAAUAUCCAUGGGUUCUGGGUCACAGGAGGUAACCCAAAAGUCACUAUUUUUGAAGCUUCUAAAGUCAUAAUUGGCUUUCUCUUGUCUUGGCUUCAGGAAUAGUCAAGCUUUUAAACUACCUGUUGUGUGUGAUGAGAGCAUUUCUUUCCCCAAAGAAACAAUUGUCCCAUUAGGGUUUUCUAGUAUCUCCCUACUGGUGGGUUUCUGGGUUGAUGUCUUGAUGCCUAAUGCUGCAGGGUGACAUCACUUGGCUGUGGUGCCCUGAAAUAGGUCUGUUCCUUACCGCUCUGGGAGUCCGAAUGGAAGAGGGAGAGGUUAACAGAACAAAAUCCUGUGGGGCCACUUGCUUCUGAGCACUUUGGGUGCCUAGCACUUACCAGCCAUAGGAAACAAAUUUUAUGUACAGACCUUUGCCUGAGUGGGGAGAGUAGAUAGAGAGAAAAUCAUUAAGUAAUUUAAGUGCUAAAUCGGGUAGGGUUUUUCGUAUCAAAUCACUUCUCGACAGCUUCAUUUGUUGAGUUCUCACAGGAUGGUGAUUUAUGACCUACCCAAAGUUAUGAAUAUUCUUUGUGAACUCAAAGACCUAGAGUUCUUUGAAAGACACUUAUUUUAAAUGUGUGUCCUAAGUAAGUGGUUCCCGAAUCAACUUAUCAGAACCACCUGGGAAGUUUAUUAAAUUUUUUUUAAAGAUUUUAUUUAUUUAUUUGACAGAGAAAGACAAAGCAAAGGAAGGAACCUAAG